AUGUUGUAUUACCAGAAAUGUAUACUCAAUGACCUUAUUAAGAAUAGACUAUGUUUAGUCAUUUUCAGUAGAGGAUUAGGGUUAAAUGACAUUAUAUAUUACUUUCUUAAGGAAAUAAAUCACGAGAAACGAUGCAAAAGUGUAAUUCUUUUAAACAUGACUAAUAUCGAGGUUGAGUGUCUAAAUGAACGUGCAAGAAUUUUAGAUAAAAUGGAUAGGUCAUAUUUACAAGGAAAUGGCCUUGGUAAGACAAAUCUAGUCGAUCCAAUUACAGCAGAUAUUUCCUUAUCUAAAAGGCUAAAUAUCUAUGAAUCUGGAGGGACUUUUAUGAUUACAUCUAGAAUUCUAACAACUGACGCUCUUUCUGGAAAACUAGAUUUCACUAAAGUUGAAGGGAUUAUUGUUAUGAAUGCAGAGAGUUUAAAUAACAAGAACUGGAAUGAUGCUUUUAUUCUACAAGUGUACAAACAAAAGAACCCUAAUGGCUUUAUCAAGGGACUAUCGCAGAGACCUGAACUUCUAAAAAUCGGCUACUUUGGCCCUGGUAUAGCAAUGAAACAUAUUGGUACAACAAUUUUGUGCCUUUACCCUAGGUCGCAUGAAGCUGUGGAGAAAAGUCUCGUAGAACAUGGAUCUGUUGAUGUUACUGAAAGAGCUGUAAAACCGACAGACAAUUUUACAACAGUUCAGCGCUAUAUUAUAUUACUUAUUGAAAAGGGAUUCAAUGAACUAAAGAAAAUCAACUCUGAUGCAGAUAUUUCUUUAACUGAUACUUUAUUUUCCUCUGUAAGAAAUUUUCAAAACUGUAUAGAAGAAGCAACACAAACAAAGUGGAAUCAGAUGUCACUACAUUUGCGAAAUAUAUCUAGAGAUAUUGUUACUUUUAGACGUUUAUUAAGCUUACUUCAUCGUUUAGAUGCCGUUACCUUUUUUUAUUAUACUGAAGUUCUAAGAUGCACUCAGAGUCUUGAUUUCUCUUGGUACCUCACAGUUGAAUUUGAGGCUAUGUAUAAAGCUUCAAGAGAUAGAGUUUUUCAAAUAAUUAGUAGAAAGGGCAUAUCUAAAGGUACUACAAAUAGUGUUCAGCUUUCUUUAGAAGUGAACCCACUAUAUAUAGAGCUUGUUGAUGUAUUAGAAAAUAUUGGAGUAGAUCUAACAGAGAAAUCUAUAAAUGAAAUGUCUCUAAAUAUAGAAAAACAAGCAAACUCAGUAAGUUGUGAGGAGAACAUAGAGAAAGAUUUAGUAACAGAUGGACAAUUAGAAGAAGAUGACCAGUUCUACAAUCCAAGAAUCAUCUCCAGAAUAGAUUGCGAGCAUACAAAUCUACCUCUCUACAAGGUCAUGAUUGUAGUACCAGAUGACCAAUAUGAUAUUAUAAGUGAUAUCUCCUAUCUAGUAAAUUAUGGACCUCAGCAGCUGGCACUGAAUCACUUCCGUGACUUUUGUAAUCGUCUAAAUAACGAUUGUAACUCCUUGCUAACUGAUACACUAUCGAAAGUAAGAAAUAAUACUAAUUCUUUAAGUAAUAUACCAUGUUCUACUUCUUUAAAUAGAAAUAUAAACCAACUCAGAGCUGCAAUUAGUCUUAUUCUUGAAAGGCAAAGUCAAAGAGAAGGUCAGCUUUCAAAUACAGCCACAAUUACAAGUAUUCCUUGUGUUGAAUAUUCUGGAGAUUCCGAUACAGAUUUGUUCAGACAAAUUAGAGAAAGAUUCAAAAUUGAACCAAUAAUUAUAAUAACUACUCCAUGCUCCUUCAUAUCAGGUAAAUUUUCUAAUCAACUUCAAUCUAAGCAACCACAUCACAUUAUUUUGCUAGAUCCUGAAGUUGCCACUUUACGAGAAAUUGAGUUUUUUAAUGCUUCAGGAAGGCUUAAUAAGUCUUCAAGUUUAAAAGUUACAAUCUUAACAUAUCAAGGAUCAUUUAAUCAUGAGCGCUUCAUUAAUACUAUGAAAGUUGAACAAGGGUCAUGGGAAAUUUUAAUCAGGCACAAGAGAACAUUAGUCGUUCCUUUAAAUGAGAUAUCCGAAGAUGAUGUGAUAAACCAUUUAAAUUAUUCACUGGGAUCCUCAAGACAUGCGGGACGACUACAAGUUAUGCAUGUUCAGAAAGUUGUUGUUGAUAUUCGGGAGUUCAGAUCUUCUUUACCCUAUCAGCUUUAUUGUAAAGGAAUUGAGGUGAUUCCAGUUACCUUAGCAGUUGGUGACUAUGUUAUAUCUCGGGACAUCUGUAUUGAAAGAAAGUCCAUCCAAGAUCUCAUAAAUUCUUUGAACAGUGGUAGAUUGUAUACACAAAUGCAGUGGCUAACUACACAUUAUAGUAUUCCUACAAUAUUAAUAGAAUUUAUACACGGUCUGGGCUAUAUUAAAUGGAAAAAUCGGCAGUCAGGUUUUUCUCCAUUACCAUUUAACCUUGCAGAUAUAUACAACAAACUUAUUCUACUAAUUCGGCACUUCCCAAAUGUCAAAAUUAUAUGGAGUUGUAGCGCUUCAUUCUCGGCUUCAUCAAUUGCAUUCCUUAAGCAUGGCAGAGAAGAACCAGAUGAAAAUUCAGCUGUAUCUUUAGAUACAAAUUUAUUAUAUGAAGAAGACAAACAAGUGAAAAAGAGGAAGAGGGCUUCAGAUGCUUCAAAAUCUAGUUAUUAUGCAACAUCACUAUUAAGACAAUUACCAGGAGUUAAUACAAGAAAUAUUCAUCUUGUUAUAUCAAACUUUAAAUCGCUUAGAGAUCUAAGCAAUGCAACUCAGAAGAAGCUUAUUGACCUGCUAGGAAAUUCUAAUGGUAUAUCUCUUUUUAGAGCUCUCCACGCUAGCCAUUCAGAAAGCUUACAUGUUAUAUAA